AUGAGAGGUAACUGCGGGGACUGGACGGCGCUUCCGUGCGUAAAGAACGAACCGGCGACAUUACCCGAAACCCAAAGGUUUCGACAACUAUUGCAAUCGACAUGUGGGAUAGAGAGUGGACCUGUGUGUUGUGACGAAGGCCAAUUGGAAACCUUGGUUGCUCAAGUGAAGCAAGCGGAAGCGGUGAUUGCGUCAUGUCCUGCCUGUUGGCACAAUUUUGUACAGUUUUGGUGUGGUUUUACCUGUUCGCCCAACCAGUCGAUGUUUGUGAAUGUGACGGCAGUGUUGGCAGGAAAGAAGGAAGGAGAUUUGGUGGUGGACGGUGUGGAUUAUUGGGUGGGUGAAGGAUUUGGAUCUCAGUUCUAUGAUAGUUGUAAAGAUAUCAAGUUUGGCUCCAGUAAUGGUUAUGCCAUGGAUUUUAUUGGUGGAGGAGCUAAAAAUUGGCAUGAGAUGGUCAGUUAUCUGGGUCAGAAACGACCUAUGCUGGGGAGUCCCUUUCAGAUUGAUUUCCCAAAGAGUGAGAAGGUGCCACAGGAGGGUCUGGUGAGAUACAACGAACCUGGAAAAUCGUGUAAUGAUACUGAUCCGGCGUAUCGUUGUGCCUGUGUGGAUUGUGAUGCUGUGUGUCCCAUCUUGCCUCCCACAGGGGUUGAACAACCUCCAUGCCAGAUUGGGUCGUUACGUUGCUGGAGUUUUGCCAUGUUGUUGACUUAUUCGCUCUUGUUGGCAUUAGGACUGAUCUUUUUAUUUGCAAGAACUGCUCGUAUCAAACGUCACUUGUUCAAGUUUUUAGGUGUGGAUAUUGACCGAGAAGAGUCCCGUGCGAGUUAUGAACGUUUGGCACUUUCGGACGAUACGAAUGAUGAAGAAGAUGGGGAUGAGAAUCUAUUGGAUCCUGAUUACACGCCUCGUCGGUACUGGUUAAACUCUCGUUUACAGAACUGGUUUUAUUACCAAGGACUUUUCUGUGCUCGGUAUCCAUGGUUCGUCAUCAUGACGUCGUUGGUAUUUGUGAGUGUGUGUUCGCUAGGUUGGUCUCGUUUCUCAUUGGAACGAAAUCCGGUGAAUUUAUGGGUUUCACCUUCCUCAACGGCGUUAGCGCAAAAGACGCAUUUUGACGAGCAUUUCACGCCCUUCUACCGUACAUCGCAAUUGUUUUUAGUAACAGAAAAUGGGGAGCCUAUUGCCUCUGCUGAGCGUCUUACGAGUUUAUUCGAGUUGGAACAAGAGAUUCGCGAGAUGAAAUCAGGCGAAUUGAAUGAUACUUUACAGGAUGUUUGUUUUCAUCCUAAUGGAGAUGCAUGUAUCGUGCAAUCGGUGACAGGUUAUUGGCAGGGUGAUCUUCUCAACUUUGAUCCGGAUACCUGGGAAACCUACUUGCAUGAUUGCGCUACACAACCUUCCACCUGUUUACCCGAGUUUCAACAACCCUUGAAACCAGAAAUGAUCUUGGGUGGUUAUGAGGGAUCCAAUUAUACGGAUGCUCAGGCCUUUAUUAUUACCUACGUCUUGACUAACUCUGUGCAUGCGAAUGAGACGGUCAAGGCAGAACAAUGGGAAAACACACUGCUGUCCAGCAUUUUAACUCAUUUGAAUGGACGUCCUGAAUGGGAAGGUGUUCGCAUUAGUUAUUCCACCGAAAGCUCACUGGAAAAGGAACUCAACAAGUCCAGUAACACUGAUGCAGGCACAGUGAUGAUUAGUUAUCUGGUCAUGUUUAUCUAUGCCUCCAUUGCAUUGGGUCGUCUUACGUCUUUGAACCCACGUCGCUUACUGAUUGAUUCCAAGUUCAGUCUUGGUAUCUGUGGUAUUCUCAUUGUGAUCUUUUCAGUGUCAACGGCUGUGGGAAUCUUUUCGUUCACGGGCAAGAAAAUUACGCUGAUUAUUGCCGAGGUGAUUCCGUUCCUGGUUCUGGCGGUGGGAGUGGAUAAUAUCUUUAUCCUGUGUCAUGAGUAUGCACGACGUAAGGAAGAACUUGGACAGGAUGAAUCGAUUGAGGAAAGAGCGGCCAAAACGUUGGGUAAGAUGGGACCCAGUAUCUUGUUGAGUUCGUUGGGUGAAACGAUUGCGUUUGGGUUGGGAACGUUGGUAACGAUGCCUGCUGUUAGUAGUUUUGCCAUUGUGGCUUCGAUUGCUGUGUUUGUAGAUUUUGUGUUGCAGGUCACUUGUUUUGUCUCUUGCUUGGUAUUGGAUGCCUAUCGAGAAGAGAAUAACCGCAUUGAUUGUGUGCCUUGUGUUCAAAUCAGGGCACCUGAACCCGUGGAAAAGGAAGGCAUUUUAACGUCUGUGUUUAAACAUCAUUAUGUGCCUCUACUCUUGAACCGAACGGUACGUUACCUUGUCUGUUUUGCUUUUCUUGGUCUGUUUGCGAUUGGAUUAUCACUUGCACCACAAUUACCCCUCGGUCUUGACCAACGUAUUGCCUUGCCCUCAGAUUCUUACUUGGUGCAAUAUUUUAAUGAUCUGAAUCAGUAUUUCAAUGUGGGGCCACCUGUGUAUUUCGUGGUCAAGGGAUCGAAUCUGACGGAUGUGGAUGAACAACGCAAGAUCUGUGGUGCGUUUCCGUCGUGCCACGAAAGAUCGUUGGCCAAUGUACUGGAAGGAGAGCGUAAACGACCGGAGGUAUCUUAUAUCGGGGAGCCCACUAGUGUUUGGUUGGAUGAUUACUUCCAUUGGCUCAACCCUGCUGUGGGGUGUUGUAGGUUGAAGAACGCGUUGAAAGCGCCCACCAUGAUGUCGCGACGACGACUGAGUGAAUUGGAAAGACCUUAUUAUAGCAAGAAAUGGGAAUUGUGUGGGGAAUGGGAGACUGAUUGUACGGACUGUAAUGAGAACUGGGAUGUUAGCAUGAAAACGUUCCCUCAGGGUAAGGAAUUUCUGGAAUUUUAUGAUGUGUGGAUCGAUAUGGCGCCUGAUGAAUCAUGUCCUUUGGGAGGUAAAGCAGCAUAUGGGGAUGCAAUUGUGACGGACCAUGUGGCUGUGAAUAUCAAUGCAUCUCAUUUCCGUACGUUUCAUACGCCUUUACGUAACCAAGAUGAAUUUAUUGCGGCGUAUGCGUCAGCACGACGUAUUGCAGAAGGUCUGAGUCAAGAAUUGAAUCUGGAGGUGUAUCCUUAUUCGGUGUUCUAUAUCUUUUUUGAACAAUACACGUAUAUUGUAUCGAUGGCUUUCCAGAUUUUGGGUACAGCGAUUGUGUCAAUCUUUGUGGUGACGAGUUUACUGUUGGGAAGUGUGCGGUGUGGAUUAAUUGUGAUGGCUGUGGUGGUGAUGAUCCUGAUCGAUGUGGUAGGCGUGAUGACGUUGUGGGGAGUGAGUUUGAAUGCAGUGAGUCUGGUGAAUUUGGUGAUUUGUGUUGGUAUCAGUGUGGAAUUCUGCUGUCAUAUUGCGCGUGGAUUUAUGGUGGCAAGUGGAAGCCAGGAAGAUCGAGCGGGCAAAAGUAUGAUUGACGUCGGUAGUUCCGUAAGUUUAUUUAAAUUAAGAAAAAUCUAG